AUGACCACCACUUGUGGCCCCUCGUCCGCUGCGACGGCGACCGCCGCGGUCAGCAGCGACGGUGACAACGAAUGCUACUCGCUCACCUUGCGCGACAUCCUGCUGCACCGCCUCACAGAGCGUUACGUUGGCCGCGUCAUCCCAUCUCGGGGUCUCUGCGUGGCCAUCACGGAAGUGAUGGAGUACUCGGCCAGCUCCGUGCGCGGCGCGGCAGCAUCGGCGUGGCUUACAGUGACCUUUGGUGUGUGCGUGUUCGCGCCGAACCCAGGCACGCGCCUCAAGGCCCGCAUCGCUUAUCAGACAGCCGUUGGUGUGUACUUGACGAUGGAUCUGUUUGUGGCCAUUCCGUUCCUGGUGCCGGCGGAGAUGCUAGUGCCUGGUUCACGCUUCAGCGCCGCACAGGGAUUCUGGUACCUCCCGCUGGACACGGAGGACCAAGAGGGCGGCGAACACAGUGCGGAGCUCGACGCAGGCCCAGCGGUGGCAGCGAUGGGGCAAGGCAACGGCAAGGACGGCGACGGGUAUGGCAGUGACGCAUUGGCCUCAAGCGCGCUCUCAUCUACGACCGCCGCAGCCGCAGCGCCGUACAACGCCUACAUGGUGGGUGCUGAAGUGAUUGUGAAGGUGGCGUCGUGCACGGUGCAAUCGGAAGAAACUGUAUCAGCAGCGGAAGACGCCGACGGCGCCAGUGGCGGGGACGGCGGCGCCAUUCCCAUUAUGGAGCUGCGCGGCAGCUUCGUCGGCGAUGCUCUUGGGCCCAUGUCAUGGUUCGAAAAAGACGAUGAUGCGUGA